AUGAUAAAUAAUUGAAUAAAAAGAGACCAAUUAUGCUAAUUUUAAAAUAAAGAAACAUACAAAACAAAAAAAAUAUGCGUCUAAAAUAAUACAUGUCCACACAAGACAAAAACAAACAUGGCGAUACAUUAGAGAAGAAAGACAGAUAAAUUUGUGACGUGAUAUAUAAAAAAAAUUCAAUCCAACUUGUUAUUUUACGACUUAAAUUAGUUAGUAUAAAAAAAACAGACGCAUCAUUAACAAUAAUCAGUUAACAUUAUUAACUCGUAAUUAUUAUUAAGUCAUAUUGUUAUAAAAUUUUGAAACGUUCAAAAUGCCUGUCCCGUCCUCCGGAAUGUACCAGCAGGGCCCUAGUUGCUUUGAUAAAAUGAAAAUGGGUUUCACGAUAGGUUUUUGUGUCGGUAUGGCCAGUGGGGCUCUAUUCGGAGGAUUUUCCGCAUUGAGGUAUGGAAUGAGAGGACGUGAACUUGUAAAUAAUGUAGGAAAAGUGAUGCUCCAAGGUGGUGGCACAUUUGGUACAUUCAUGGCUAUUGGAACCGGCAUUCGAUGUUAAAACAUUACAACACAAGACUAAAUAUUUCGUAGUUCUCACAGAUAUUAUAUAAAUAUGUACAUUUUAUCAUAAAUAAAUAAGAAGUUAUUAGUUAUUAA